AUGUCCCAGGCAAUGCCCCAGGCACCACCCCAGGCAAUCUUAGACAAAGACUCUUCGGACACAGCUGGAUUAAUCUCAUCAGAUGGGGGUGGAACAGGAACGACCUGGGUCAGUGAAAUAUAUGAUUUGGUCUAUAACAAUAGGGAUGCGGAGAAAUGUAAAUGGGAUGCAAUACACAAACAAGUGCCGUUCACGGAAUUAAUAAUCCCUGGUCUCACGUAUGGCAUUGAGCAACUGAAAAACAUACAGUCUCCUCAACUAGUAAAAACGCACCUACCUGUUCAACUUCUCCCUUUCUCAUUGUGGAAGAAUGACUGCAAGAUGAUCUAUGUGGCACAAAAUGCCAAAGAUGUAGCUGUCUCUUACUAUUAUUUCUACCAGAUGGCAAAAAUGCACCCAGAGCCUGAUACCUGGGAGGAGUUCCUGGAUAAAUUCAUAGCUGGGAAGGUGUGUUUUGGUUCCUGGUAUGAGCACGUGAAGGGCUGGUGGGAGAAGAUGAAAGAUUAUCCUAUCCUUUACCUUUUCUACGAAGACAUGAAAGAAGAGCCAAAAAAAGAAGUGACAAAAUUGAUUCAUUUCCUGGGAAAAAAGAUAUCAGAGGAGCUUGUGGAUACAAUUGUGUAUCAUACUUCAUUCCAAGAGAUGAAGAAUAAUCCAACUACCAAUUACACAGCAAUGCCAGAUGAAUUUAUGAACCAGAAAAUGUCCCCCUUCAUGAGAAAGGGGAUUGUAGGAGACUGGAAGAAUCACUUUACAGUAGCCCUGAAUGAAAGACUUGAUGUGCACCAUGAGCGGGAAUGAAAAGGUCUACACUGAAAUUACGAACCAAAUCUAGGAAGGGGUUCCUUGUCUUAACAUUUCUGAGAAUAAAUUUUCUUUUCAGCAUGCCUCAAUUUUUUCCAUGGCUGGUAAAGAAGAACAUUAAAAAAUGUUAUUUUUAAUGCUUUUUAGAAUAUAAUCUGUACCUAUAUUUUCUUCCUGAUUUUGUUUCACUUUCCUCAAAAUGGCUUAAUUUAGAAUUUAUCUUUGCCUAAGUGGAAGACUGAAGUUGUCCCCUCUCUUUAAAUUAUGA